AUGGAUGAACUCGAGCGAAUGCCCACGGAGGUUCUUAUCAUGAUCAUCGAUCAUGUAGAUGAUUUCUAUGGACUUGAUAGUCUGCUCCAGUGCUCACCUCGAGCGGUAAUGAUCUUCCAAGCCGGCAGUGUCAGGAUAACAGAGAAGGUUCUCUGUAAUUGUUCAAUAACAAAACCUUUACCUAGAGUCGACGUGGAAGACCAUCAUAUCCGUCUAUACGGCAGCAUGGGACAAGAACUUCCAGCGAACAUACCCAACACUUUCAACUGUGACAUAUAUCGAUUCUUUCGUGAAAGUGUCUUUAUCCGCACUCCUUCAUUUCGCUCAAAAUUCCCAGCAAUGAGUAUUUCCACUACCAUGUCUAUUCCAUCUGAAAAUUCUCUCAGUUUUCACUUCCGGGGGAGGAGUCAGUUCGAGGCAUAUAAGGUGCUACGUGGAAUAAUCAAGGUCGCUGCCCAAAUACAACGCUUAGCUUGUGCUUGCAUAUGCCUCAUGUUGAGAAACCUCGAGGAUGCGACCAGAAAAGCUCCAGACAUCCAUGUCCGUCGUGCUCACGCUGCUUUCGGUCCAUCCUCUUGGAUAGAAGAAGUCCGUGUCUACAGGGCGCUAUGGGUUUUGCAAGUAUAUUCGGAUAUAUACGAAGCAGUUCGUUCAACACGGUGGAACACGGAGUACAAAUGGGCACUUGAAGGAUACGCAUAUAAAAGAGGUCUUUCGUUGGCCAUGGUCGACGAAGUCGUGACUGUCUAUGAAGUUUUGAAAAAAGUCGUCGUUUCGUCGCCUCCAACGAUCCCUCCGAGAUUUCAAUACAGUGAAUGGGACUACCUUCCAUUCCUCUUGAGCCUCGAGCUAAAGGAGGGUAUCGAGUUCCCUGUAUGGGCUCCACCACCAAUCCCACCACUGGAUGAUCAGGUCGGCGACUCUUGGUAUUUGAGCCCAAGAUAUCGGCAUCUUACUACAGAGCGAAUCAAUGAUUUCAAGAAACUUCCAAGACCAGACACUACCCAUACAAUUUACACUUCUGACGAUGACUUGAAUUCUUUCAAGCCUCUUGGUAUCUCUAUUUGGGACCCUUGGCGGUAUUAUUCCGCGGGAUUGAUGGAACCUCCAAUUGAGAAAAGGUUGACCCCAGAUGGAGACUACUCAACCUAUUCCGAUGAAGCAUCCAAUCAGCAGAUAAGAAGGAGGGCUUUGCUUGAGUUGAUUGGUUAG